AUGCAUUGGCUACUUAGCUUACUCCAGAUACUUGCCGACAUUCGGGCUGAUAGUAACCGUGACGGUAGAGUUGAUCUCGAUGGAGACAUAGAUAUUCCCCAUAAGCUGAACCAUCUAGACCAUGCCGGGGCCAUAUUUCUGGCUAAUAUCGGUGACACCGACCGGCGGUGUUCUAAACUGGCACUGAAUGGCAGUCCUCCGUCCAACGAGAAACUUGCUGCCUGCAAUGAUGCCUCCGAUAACAUCCAACGCUCCCCUCAGUAUAUGGCGCCUCUUCGAACGGUUCCUAUUUCCUGCUUAAGUCCAAGUGCAUAUGGAACUGUGUCAGUUGAAGACGCAACACUGCAACAGGGCCUAAACCUUGGACUUGAUGCCAGGGAUACAAGGCGGCCAGGUGGCUGGGAUGGAAGAGUGACUGUCCGCUUUACAGUUCACGAUCGCGGGAAGAUGUCAGCCGACAGUGUAAAGCUGCGCGUUGCUCCCAUUUUAACUUAUCAUCAUUCACAUUCGGUCCACCAAAUCCUCACCACUGCAGGAAACAAUACCUUCAACCUUUUCCAAGCCAAAUUUGUGUCCGCUUUUGAUGCCGCCCUUGCCGAAAUGAACGUCAAUUCCCCACUCUUCAAAUUCAAUGCGUCCGACGACAUUUGGGCUCAAAACUUUUUCGAACCUGGGUAUACGAGCAUGCCUAGUCCGGAUGGGCCAGUGACGCUGCGAAUCAUGAUACGUUCCGCUCAAGACAGCCGCGUUGCUGGACGUCAAGUAUUUGAGUAUCUACGAGCCGCAGGAACGGGAGCAGUUCAACACCUUGGGGGCGCGCGUGAUGAGGUCAACUCCAUGGGAAAUUUAGGAACUAUUCCACCUCACAGUUUCAAAGGCAAAAAAUACAAAAAGCCAUACAUCUUGGAAUACCUGCAAGCACAAGAAAUUCAAGAUCCGCUUCUGGUCGACGUCGACUGGCUUGCCGUCGGACACGUUGACGAGAUGCUUCAAUUCCUUCCUGCCAAUAAUUCACUGGGCUGGGUUAUGCUCGUCCCGGAUCCACAGGAAGGGCUUGCUAUAUUGCGACACGCCCAGUCAGCCGGCCACGGGAAGACCGGGGCCUUUUCCCGCCAAAACGAUACCGAGGGGAAUCCGUCCGAUCUAUUUGGGAUACCCUGGGGCCUUCGCGGUGUGCCAAGCUACACGAUCGAUGAACUCCUUUUGCAAAACGAACUCAUAGAAGCCAACGCCAACUUUUCUGAGCGCAUCAAGGCUACCGUCGACGUUCUCAAGUGCAAAACGGGCAUCAAAGAUGCAGAUAAUACGGUUUACCUGCGGUUUUCCGCACUGGGCUGA